ACGAGCUUGGCGCAGGCUCGGAGGCGCUGGGGUCCGCUCCAGGCGGUCGCUAGGCCCUGAUUGGCCGGCGGCGCACCCUGACGUGCCCCGCACUCGGUAAUCCUGCCCUUCCGUGUGGUCGCGCGCUGCGGGGCGGUCAAGUGUUGCUGCAAGCGUCCGGUGCAGGGCUGUGCGGCGAUUCCGGAGCAGCGGCUCAUUGCUGCCCCCCCGCUCCUCCCCGGCAUGAAAGAUGGAGAGUUCAAAUACAAUCAUCCAAAAGCCUUUGAGAGCAAGAAAAACAAUGACUCCAAGUAGUCGAAAACAAGUGGAAAUGCUGAGUAAAACAAAGAAUAUUUCAGGACAAGGAAAGAUUCUAAACGGCUUGCAUACUGAGGAUCACCAUGUUCAGUUAAAUACGGUGGACAUAAACUGCAGAAGUAAUGAUUCUGUAAAAGGAAACUCACCAACUGAAUCAAAAACAGAUACGUUCCCUGAAAAAAGUGAAAUGUUACCUCAAAAAUUAACAGCCUCAAUACAGGGGUUCAGUGUUACUUCAAAAGUAAAUGAAGAAGUAAAACAAUGUUCUUAUGACACAAAUUUUGAUCAAAACUGUCAAGAAGAAUCCCAAGAACCUCUCCAUAAGAAAUCUUGUAACAAAAACUCUGAUGCAAAACAGUUCCUAAAUGCUGGGUGUUUACAAGAUAUACUGCAUAAAUGGUAUGAAAAUGAACUAAAUACACCAUCCUCCAAGCCAGUUGAAGUGCAUUUGUAUUCAAAACCAAAUAACCUACCUGUUGACCAGUUAAAAGAGAAUGCUUGUUUAGACGAUCCAGUUAACAGUGAUUCUGGGGAUGAAAAAAGAACUAACAAGAUUAUUCCUAUUUUAGAAAAGAUAGACACAACAACAGAAAUAAAUAGUGCAAUAGAAGAGGUUAUUCCCAUAUUAAAAAAGGUAGACGUGAUAUCUGAUUCAAAUGAUGUGAAGCACAAAUAUAACCUUACUAAUUCAGUUACCCCCACACUGCCUGGGACAGAUAGAAUAGCUGAUGGUUCGGAGAGUAAAACAUCCUACGGAAAUGGUAGUCCAAAUAUUUCACCAGAUGUGGAAGCUGCUGUUAUGCUGCAGGAUACAUCGCCUGGAUAUAGUAUUGGUGACAAUGUUCAAAGGAAGAGGGUAUGUUCAGAAAGCAAGGAAGACAGUCAUUGUAAACGCUUCAAAACUGCUGAUGAAAACAAAAAAGAGAAUAUUUGUACCGUGCCAGAAAAAGAGGAAAAAUUUUUGGGAAAGGUCAAACACUUGAUUCAAAAGCGUGUGGAUAUUUUAAAUAAUGAUGUCUUUAACCAUAAACUGGAAAGUUUAAAUGGAAGAGUUGAUCAAACACAGUGUCGAAAAAAACAUGAAGAAAUAGCUAUUACAUUUCUAAAGAAAGUGUCUAAGCUUGAGAGACGUAUUAAUACUGUGAUAGCAUUUCAGAAGAAAAUAUUAUCGAAAAUGGUCACUAGUAAGGCAAAUCUUCCAGGUGCAAACUCGCAAAAUGCGAUACUUAAUCGAACCAAAUCUGUUCCACCACUUCCUGAUAACAUAAAUGGACAAUCAAUUUCUUCAGUUAAACAUUUAUCAUCAUCCCAUAGACAAACUGGUUCCACUUCUGAAUGUGUUGCAGAAGAAAAUGUAAGCUCUGAUGAAGUUAUACUGAUUUCUGUGGAAAGCAGAAAUUCAACAACAGUAACAACUGCAAACAAUUCAGAUAUUCAAAAAAAAUUAGUUUCUACACAAGCAGAAAUUUCCACUAAAGCUCAAUCCAAAAACAAGUGCACUGAAGAAAAAACAAAAUCUGCAGUGAUUGAUCUAACAGAAGAAGAAAAGCACAAUUUUGAUAAAGGUCAAGACCUGGAUGGGAGAACUCAGGGUGCUGCAGGAAACAAUAUUAGUGGCUGGCUUGGUAAGUUAAAAGAAGACCAAAAUUCUGUGUCAAACAAAAGUAAUUCAAAGAAAGCAAGCCCCAAAUCAAAUCGCCUUGAGCCACCAGCACAAGCAUCACAUCAGGUUCUUGAACAGUUUCCACAUCCUCCUCCACUACCAAGGAUACCUCCAUACCCAGAACUCAAGGAUGGAUUCAGAGACACUGUGCCACCUCAGAAGCCUGAACUAAAACUGGCUCAGGUGCAAAAUCCAAAAGGUAUUGCACUCUCGUGGACUGUUACAGAGAUUGAUCCCAAGUGCGCUCCUGUAGAGAGCUAUCACUUGUUCAUAUACCAUGAACACUCCAAUAACAGUACUGUACCACACUGGAAGAAAAUAGGAGAAAUAAAGGCUUUGCCCCUACCAAUGGCUUGUUCUUUAUCACAAUUUACAGCCUCCAAGAAGUACUACUUUACUAUACAAUCAAAAGAUGUAUGUGGACGUUAUGGACCGUUUUGUGAUAUACAAUCAAUUACUUUAAUUUCUCUGGAAAACUCAUAAGCUACCUCAAUAACUGUUACACGGUUGUUUCAAUUUGAAAUAUUGUAUUUUUACUUGUAAACAAUCCAGAGCCAAGGAAUUAAUUGUACCACAGACUGUAUUCACUCAGUUCUGUUUCUUAUCUAUCAUGCCAACUAUCAGUUAUUUAUAUUCUGAGCAUUGUUCUAUACAUUUUGUAAGUUGUUUCUAAUAACUUGACACUGAGAAUUCUGUUUAUAAAACUAAUUUCAGUUCUGGGUUUAGUUUAGUUAUUUUCCUUCUCAAUCCUUCCCCUCCCAUUCCUUUCAUGUAGGAUGUACUUGGGACAUAAAGGAAUAAAAGUUUCUACUUGGUAACUAUGAAUUGUGAUGACGAUCAUGAGAUUAGAAAUCUAAUAUGUCAUGAAUUUUUUUGUGGUGUUUUGCUCACCCUUUUUGUAUUUUUGGGGAAGAUAGUGGGUUUUUUGUGUUCCAUUUCCUUCACUAAAUGGUGCACAAGCUUUCGGAAGGUUUUAGUUCUUGUACUUGUGUACUCAUACAGUACUACAGGAGCAUCUCCAUUAUUCUGAAGCCUCUGAAAAAUGCUUGUAAGGAUGAAAGUCUCUGUAGUGGGGAUGAUGAUAAUACAGGAACUAUAGUGUUUAAAUACUACCAUCACCUGAGAUAAUCAGCUGGACCAUUAUCUUUUUAGAGAUGCUGCAUUGUAAAGGAACACCAAAUGAGAUUGUUUCAUUGUCACCCAUUUUGGGCAAGAAUUAAGUUUCUGGGGAAGUUGAUUAAAGUGUUUAUAAAUAAA